UUGGUGCAUAAAGUAGGGCAUACAUUUUGAGGACCUAUAAAUUUUCUUAGCAUAAGGCCGAAGGAAAGAGAGUGAAUGAGUGGUGCAGUGCGCAAAGGUGGGCUCACUUGUCACCUCCCCGUUGUCUCCCCUUCCUCUCCCUCUCUCCUCUGCACACAUGUGGCAGGUGUAAACAUUGGGUAAGGGCGAGAAUCCACACUCUGGCAGGUUGGACUCAUAAGGAUCCAUAGAUCUUCGCGGCCCCAACAGCAACAACAACUGUGGGAGGAACAACACACACUUGUGCCAACACUAUGGUGAAGAUGAAGACAACAUCAGUGAGGGAGAAGGAACAAGAGGAUGAGGAGCUGUUCAUGGUGUCAGGAUUGGGUAACACAGGUGGCGAGGUAGAUGACGACAAUGAGGUGGAGGAGGGAGAUGACCAACAAGAGGCUUCACACGCACAGCUUCUCUCCAGUGUGAUGAAGAUAACCAAGAAAGAAAGGAUGCAGCAGGAUGUUCGCACCUCCAUGGGCACCUCCACCUUAGACACCCGUCACCUGCUGACUCGCCUCCUUCCCACCACCUCUAUACGGAAGGAGAAGAGCAAGAGCACGCUCUCUGUCCCUCUGGAGAAGAGUGUGGCCAGACGGAUCAAGCGUGCAGCUGGCUAUGAAAAUGUGGCCAUGGAGGUAAACAAGUGGGCCAAGGUUGUGAAGGUGCAGAGGGAGAGUGAGCAGCUUCGCUUCCCUCUGAAGCAGAGUGGUGUAUCUCUCAAGACAGUAGAGAAAACAGACUCAGUGCAGAUGAAAACACCACUGGAGAAGGAGGUCUACUCGCUAUUGCAGGGUGCAAAGCUGGUGGAGGACAAGAAUGAGAGCAAGGAGGAGGAGAUUGCUCGCAAAGCUCUCUCACUGGACCAGAUACGGGAGAGAAACAGAGAGUUGUGGCGGCAGAAAGAAUUGAAGCGGCGAUAUGAACAAAAGGCAAGAUUGAUGAACAAGAGCAAGAGCAGAAAACAUCACCGGUUGCUGCGGCGGGAGAAGCUGAGGAAGCAGAAAGCCAUGUUGGAGGAGCUGCAGAAGACUGACCCAGAAGCAGCACUGGAAUGUUUGCAGGAACUGGAACGGAGCCGGAUACAGGAGAGGAUGAGUCUACGCCACAAGACCUCCAAGUGGGCACACCUGCAAGGCUUCAGGGCAAACAGGGAUAAGACUGUGAUGGCAGCUUUGAAAGAAAACCAGCGUCUGUAUCAAGAACUAACUACCAAAUCAGCUAAGGCAGAAGAGAGUGAGGAAGAUGAUUCAUCUGGUGAUGCAAAGGGAGGAAGAGAGAGUGCUGUGCAAGGAACAGAUGAGCCUCUCAAUCCCUGGACGAAACAGCGCCAAUCGCUGGCCUCUAAGAGUUCCCCUGAGGAUGAAUCCUUCACCAGAUUUAAGAAGUUCUGGGAGGAAGUCAACAGGAGAAAGGAAGCAGACUUGGAGAUUCAAAAACAGUUAGAAAAGGAAAAAGAGGAAAAUGUUAAGAUAAGAGGUCAGAAGCAAGAGGAAGAUAAAAAACAAGAAAAGGAGGGUGUGGUAGAAGAGGAAAACAACAGUAUGAAAGAGGGAGGAGAACAAACAAAAAAGAAAGUCAGUAAAAAACGCCUACAGAAAUUACAAAAAGCAAAAGAUCAAGUACAGAAACGAAAACAUAAAAAAACAGAAACAGAGGACAGUGGAGAGCAACUUUCUAAAAAGAGUCCUGGGAAGAAAGGCAACAAGAAAUGUAAAAAAACAUUAGGGACUCAAAACCAAGAGCCUGUCAACAUAGAUGACUUAUUUGAUGAAGUAGAAAUUGGAAUUAAAAACAAAGUACAAAGAAAGCUGAAAAAGUUAGGAGUAAAUAGCAAAGAGCCAUGGACAGAAGUGAAGACCAAAAAGAAGAAAAAAAAAGUCCCUGAUGUUGUUGCUCCCUCAGAAAUUGAGGAGUUUGACUUUACAAGUAAACACAACCAAGAAAACAUCAAUGAAACAACAGAGAGAGCAAAGACUCUACAAGAGUUGGAAUCUCUAGAGGGAGAGAGUGUGAACAAGCUGCAGGAGGCUGUGCAAACUAUUAAAGACUCAAAUGCUCCUUCAAAUACUCCUGCCCCAAACCACAAUAAGCUGCAAGUGGACCCCAAUAAAUUCCUGCAAGUGGAGUCGAAGCGGUUGGCGACAGCCAUGCCAGACAGUGUGGGUGAGUCAGGGGAGGCUCUGGAUGAUGAGGAACAGGAGGAAAGUGCAGAGAAUAUCAUCAGGGAAGCCUUUGCCGAUGAUUACCUCAUGGAGGAAUUCAGUUCUGAGAAAGCAGAGGCUAUCAAGAAGGACCAGCCAGGCAGCAUAAGUCUUGCACUGCCAGGCUGGGGAGACUGGACAGGACCCAACAGAAAGAUGUCCAACAGAAAAAUAAGAAAGUUCCGGCUCAGGGUGGCUCAUGCCCCUCGCAAGGACUCUAAGCUUGGUCAUGUUCUCUACAAUGAGAAUGCUGAUGUCCACACCAACCUUCGUAAAGCCAUGGUCAGUCAGCUGCCAUAUCCCUUCAAGAGUGUGAAAGACUUUGAGGCAUCAGUCAGAGCACCAGUGGGCCGCCUGUUUGUGCCAGAAACAGCUCACAAAAAACUGACAGCUCCUCCCAUUGUAACAAGAAUGGGCACAGUGAUCCAGCCUAUGACAGAAGAUGAACUGCUGUGCUCUGAGACACCUGGCAAGGGUUGGAACAAGAAAAGAUGAGUUUCAUAAAGAUCUCUGACACAAAAGGUGACAAAAACAGAUUAGGAACAAAUGACAUGUAUUUACAGCUACACCUUACACCAACACAACAACCUGGAAGAGUAGAAAUGGGGACAAACUGUCUAAUGUUACUGCCACCACCAUUAUGUCUCUUCUUAAAUCACCCUAUUUCUUGACAAGGAAAGGAGUGCUUCAUGUAUGGUUCUAGUCAUAAAUAUUGGUCUGCAUGUUCCAGCUGGGGAGGCCGAUACUUAUGGCAAAAAAGCACAGUCCUCUUGAGAGUCAACCAAAUUUUAACCAAAAGUCAUAGCACUUACCAUAUCCAUCAGCUUUUGUGCCACUGACUACUAUCCUGUCCUCAGUGUGCUUUAGGACUCAUUGGAAAGCAGUAACCUCUAGCAACUUGUUUCCCACAUUCACUUGUAAUAAUUAAUUAUCUAUUAAAGUGGCUAAGACAAAAGAGUAUUCAUCUAAGACUUGCAUAGAUCUUCAGCCUCAAGGAAGCAAGUCAUUCAGACAUAAUGGAACAGUUGGCUAUAUUCAGAGAGUAAGGGAAUCAUGAUAUACCUCAACUUAAGAAACAGACUGGACAUGAAAAAGUGAGUGCACGAUAAUGCUCUCCAUCUAGCCCUAAAAUACACUGAGGGGAGGAUAUGAGUUAGCGAUGUAAAGCUGAGGGAUGCAAUAAUGUUAUGGGGCUUAUAAUUUUCGCUAAAAUGGUUCCCCCUCGAAAUGACCAUGCUAUUUUUGCCAUAACUAUUGGACCUCCAAGCCAGCAGAUCCAAUACUUAUUACUGGUACAGUGUAUAUUAAAAUAAAAGCUGGUGACAAA